AUGGCUCCAACAAAUCAAAAGGUUAGUCUUCAUGUUCCCGAAGAUGUCGUCUUCUCUAUAUUUUCAAAACUACCUCUGAAAUCCGUGAAUCGGUUUACAUGUGUAUCCAAAUCUUGGACUACUUUAUUUGAAAACUCUUAUUUCAUGAACAUGUUUUCCAAAUAUAUGGUUUCCAAAUAUCAUUUGUCGUAUGAUGAAGCAUGUCUCCUCCUAAACUGCCAAUGGAGGAAGUUAUAUUUGCUUUCUGGUGAGAGAUUUGAGAAUAAAGUGCAAUUGAACUGGCCAGAUCCUUUUAACCGAAGCUAUUCAUAUACCUAUAUUUUUGGUUCUGCCAUUAAUGGCACUCUUUGUAUCAAUAAUGAGAAUCAUUCAAGGAUUGUAUUGUGGAAUCCAGCUACUGAUGAAUCAAAUAUUGUUCCUGCGAACAAGUGGGUUUAUAGAUACUUGGCAGUCUUAAAUGAGCAUGUUGCUAUGAUCUCAAAUUAUGCAAAGACUACUUCUUCUUUGUACACAUCAAUAUCCAUUUUGGGUGAACCUGGUGUCAAGGAAUCAUGGAUUAAGCUCUUUGAUAUUGGUCCCUUGUCUUGCAUGGAGCAUCCUAUUGGAGUAGGGAAGAAGGGCAAUAUAUUUAUCAGAAAAGAUGAUGAUAAUGAACUAGCUUGUCUUGAUUUAACUACCGGAGUAAUGGAGAACAUCGGUGCUAAAGCAGGAGCAUUUCGAUCUCAAAUAGUACUUUAUGAUAAAAAUAUUCUUCCUAUUAAAGGAAUGAAUAAUUAG